AGCGCCUCCCCCCGGCCGUGGGGCCGGCAGGAAGGGUCUGACUCCUGUGUGCAGCAUGCAGGUGAUGGAGCGCGAGGCUGCGGGGCAGGGACUGGAGGGGGGCCCGAGCCUGCCCGAUGCCCAGAUGGAAUCACCUGCCCCCCCCAAGCCCCCGGCCUUCGACCUCUUCAGUCUGGUCCUGUCCUCCAAGCGGCUGGAGCUGUACCUGGAGCCGCUGCAGGAUGCCUGGGAGGGGAUCCGCUUCCUGCUAGGGUGGGAGAUGCCCCUGUGCUCGCUGCUCACCUGCCUGGGCCUCAACUUCCUUCUGCUCACCCUGACUGAAGCUGCCUGGUUCUCGCUAUUUGCCCUGCUGGUCCUGCUGCCUGCCCUGCUGGGCUACCUGCAAGAGACAUGCCGGGCCCGCCGGCCGGCACCGGAGCUGGUGCGCCAGAGGUACCACAGCGUGCGGCGCGAGGAUGUGCAACAGGUGCGGCUGGCGCGGCACGAAGCCGUCGCUGAGGUGAAGAGAUUCCUGAUCCAGCUGGAGGGCUUCCUGAGCUGGCUGUGCUGUGCCUGCGAGGGGGCGUACCGCGUGCUGCGCUGGGAGUCCCCGGCCCUGUCGUCCCAGUUCUAUGGGGCGCUGCUGGGCUCUCUCUGUGUCCUGUACCUGCUGCCCCUCUGCUGGGUCCUCGCCCUGCUUAACAGCACCCUCUUCCUGGGGAACGCCGAGUUCUACCGAGUGCUGCUGGGGCUCAAGGCUACGGUAGAGCAGCGCCUUGGCCCCAAGCCCGUCGCCAGUGCCCCGGAGCCAGCGGAGCUCUACGCAGCAGGAGAGGAGGGUGGUGGCACCCUGGUGGAUCUGACUCCCACGCCCCCCAGCACCGAGGACCUCACACCCGGCAGCGUGGAGGAGGCAGAGGAGGCAGAGCCCGACGAGGAGUUUAAAGAUGCUAUCGAGGAGAAGGAGACCCAGGCGCUGGCCAUGGAGGAUGAUGACGUUUCCCAGUGCUCCGCGGAGUUUGACAUCGGCCUCCCGGACAGCAGCGUCAUGAGCAAGAACGAGGUGAUCCGCAGCAAGGUGUCGCGGCUGACGGAGCGCCUGCGCAGGCACUACCCCAGCAACAACUUCGGGAGCUGCACCGGCUGCGCAGCCACCUUCUCCGUGCUCAAGAAGAGGCGGAGCUGCAGUAACUGCGGCAACAGCUUCUGCUCCCGCUGCUGCUCCUACAAAGUCCCCAAAUCCUCCAUGGGAGCUACAGCCCCGGACGCCCAGAGGGAGACUGUGUUCGUCUGUGCGUCGUGUAACCAGGCUCUCGUGAAGUGAGUGGAGCCCCUGCCGGGCGCGUCGCUGGCUGCCUGUCCCGGCCGCACGGGGCAGGAGAGCACCAGGAUCGUGUGUUGCUGAGUCCCCCGCUUGCCCUGGCGCUGGGUGGCUACAGGGGCCCCUCUGCUCUGUUCCCUGGAGCUCUGCUGCGGGCUCCUGGCCGGCCCAGGGCAGGGGGCUGGCGGGGAGAUGUUAACUCCUGGCUGCCUGGAGCGGGUCUGGCAGGGACCUGAGGCUGGCCACCCCUCCUCUCCGCUGUGGGGCUGGGAGGUGUGGCAGGCUAUGGGCCCAACUCCCAUGUGCCAGGCACAGCUGGAGCCAGAUGAGAGUUGGCGGGGGGGCAGAGGGGCUAGGCUGGGGCAGCUGCUGCUGCUAUUUCGUCCUAGCCCAAGCGGGGGUGGCCGUGCCAGCGGGGGGGGGGUGUCCCCCCUGUCUGCCCUGAGCUGCUCAGGAAGGCUCUCAGGGGCAGGGUGUCUAUGGCUGGGUCCUGGGGGGCAGAGGGGGGACAGCUGUCAGUGUCAAGCUCUCUAUAGCUUCUGCCUAUUCCCCCUACCCCUGUCCUUAAGGACUCAUGGGGGUCGGGGGGAUAUAGUCCAGCCUCCCCCCCCCCCCACCCCGCUUUGUGCACCGCUUAGGCCCAGUGUCUAACUCUCCAGUUCGGGUUUAUUAACGUCUGGUUUUAGCUGGUACCAGGCUGAGUUCUGGGGGGUGGUGAACGUGGCUCCUCUGCUGCCCGACUGCAGCUUUCCCCUCUGCUUUGCUUGCGCCAGCUGGUAAAGGAUGUGACCCACUUGCCCUGGCUGAGGUGGCCCCAGUGAGAAACCCCCUGUCCCAGCGCAUGGGGCAAGUCCCUGCUCUGUGCCGCCGGCCCCCCCUCCAGCGUGGCUAAUGCUGCUGCUCUGGGCAAAACAGGGAGCUCUGCUGAGAAUGUGCUGGUAGUACCAGGGGUCCUAGUUUUCUGUGACGAACUCCCCCCAAUAAAGGUGACUGCAUUUCUCUGCCGUUA